CGCCCGGCCCUCCGCCGCCCCGCGAUGAAGGCGGCCCAGGCGGCGGGCGAGGAGGCGCCGCCCGGCGCGCGGUCGGUCAAGGUGGUCCUGGUGGGCGACGGCGGCUGCGGGAAGACGUCGCUGCUGAUGGUCUUCGCCGAGGGCGCCUUCCCCGAGAGCUACACCCCCACAGUGUUUGAGAGGCUCUCCGUUAAUCUGCAAAUGAAGGGCAAACCUGUGCACCUCCAAAUCUGGGACACAGCAGGGCAAGUCGACUAUGACCGUCUACGGCCCCUGUUCUACCCUGACGCCAGUGUCCUGCUCCUCUGCUUUGAUGUCACCAACCCAUACAGCUUUGACAAUGUCUCUAACCGGUGGUACCCAGAGGUGAAUCACUUCUGCAAGGAGGUGCCCAUCAUCGUUGUGGGCUGCAAGACUGACCUGCGCAAGGACAAGUCGCUGGUGAAGAAGCUGCGGAAAAAUAGAUUGGAGCCUGUGACCUACCACAGGGGCCAGGAGAUGGCGCGGGCCGUGGGUGCAGUGGCCUACCUCGAGUGCUCGGCUCUGCUGCAGGAAAACAUCCACGCCGUCUUCCAGGAGGCUGCUGAGGUGGCCCUUAGCAGCCGCAGUCGCAACUUCUGGAGGCGGAUUACCCGAAGCUUUUGUGUGGUGACCUGAUGGCUUGGGGCCCUCCCUCCCCAGCAGUACAGGAAGGAGCUGGGCACUGACUUUCUGCCCAGUUGGCCAGGCUGGACCCAGUCCCCAGGCUGUGACCACCAAAUCAUACCUCAAACAGAUAGGCACCACCAAGGCCGGGUCCCCGACCCUGGGGGUAGGAUCCCUGGACCGGAGCGAAACCCCACAAGGCCUGGGGAAGGGGGUUCCCGGGCUCACCAGCCCUGUAGAGGGCUAGUCUUAGAGACCCCGGAAUCACUCCCAGCUCCCAGCCCCAACCACACAUCCUGGAGCGGCCUGGCGCCACCUCGCGGCUGUUUCCGGAGCUGCACCUUCAGGACUCAGCGGUGCUAGGACCCUCCAGCCAGAACUCACACCCCACUCUGUCCCCCUUCACCCUGCCCAUCCUAGAGGUAACUGUAACACUAAAAUGGCAUCCCUUG